ACCAUCUGACCCGACAAGUGUCGUCUAGCGUCAUCAUGGACACAAAUAGUAGCUUGACUCACACUAACGGAUCACCGCAGUUGUUCUCAUCAGAGGAGGACAGCAGCCUCUACUUCACGUACAGCGGGGACUGCAACCAGCUGGAAGUCAACAACCUGCACUAUGAGGUGGACACAGCGGCGCAGAUUCCCUGGUAUGAGAAACUGUCAGAGUUCAAGCUGCCGUGGGAGGUGAAAGGUGACAAGCAGACGGCCAUCAACAAACUGAGCCUGCGCGUCCGCAGCGGCCAGAUGCUAGCUGUCAUCGGGAGCUCGGGCUGCGGCAAAACGUCACUGCUGGACAUCAUCACGUGUCGGGACGAGAGCGGCGGCGUGACGUCCGGCCACAUUCUGAUUAACGGUCGCCCCAACACGCCUCAGCUGGUAAAGAAGAGCAUUGCUCACGUGCGGCAGGACGACCGCCUCCUUCCUCACCUGACCGUGCGCGAGACGCUCGCCUUUGUGGCCAAACUCAGGCUGCCCACGCACUUCACGCAGGCCCAGCGGGACCAGAGGGUGGACGACGUCAUCGCCGAGCUGCGACUGAGGCAGUGUGCCCACACCAGGGUGGGAAACGACUACGUGAGAGGGAUUUCUGGGGGGGAGCGGAGGCGGGUCAGCAUAGCGGUCCAACUCCUCUGGAACCCAGGUAUUUUGAUUCUGGAUGAGCCCACGUCGGGUCUGGACAGCUUCACGGCUCACAACCUGGUCAUCACGCUGUCCCGCCUGGCCCGGGGGAACCGUCUUGUUCUGCUGUCAGUCCACCAGCCUCGCUCAGACAUCUUCCAGCUCUUCGACCUGGUGGUCUUACUGUCGUCAGGCUCGGCCGUGUACUGCGGUGCCGCCCGGGAAAUGGUGCCCUACUUCACAGCGCUGGGCCACCCGUGCCCUCGGUACUGCAAUCCUUCUGAUUUCUACGUGGACCUGAUCAGUAUAGACCGCCGUAGUCCCGAGCAAGAGGCCCAGUGUCUGGAGCGGGCCCGGAUGUUGGCGGAGCAGUUUUCGGAACGGGUCGGGGACACAGACGACCACAUGUGGAAGAGCGGCACGGCCCUGAUGCACUCUGAGAGCAGCUCCUCGCAGCCCGGCAGGACGGAAGACGACGUUAUCCCUAAAGUGAGAGACAGACUACCGGGCCUCCAGCAGUUUGCCAUCCUCAUCAGGCGCCACAUGUACAACGACUACCGAGACCUGGUUACCGUGCUGGUCCACGGCCUGGAGGCCCUGCUCAUGUCCCUGCUGGUGGGCUUCCUGUACUACGGCGCUGGAGAGCAGCCUCUGUCCAUUCAGGACAGCGUGGCCCUGCUCUACAUGAUUGGAGCGCUCACGCCCUUUGCUGUGGUGCUGGACGUCAUAGCUAAAUGUCAUGCAGAGAGGGCCAUGCUCUACCACGAGCUAGAGGAUGGCAUGUACUCCGUCACUUCCUACUUCUUUGCAAAGGUGUUGGGGGAGUUACCUGAGCACUGCGUGUUCACCCUGGUGUACGCGCUGCCCAUCUACUGGUUGGCGGGCCUGAAUGAGGCCCCGGAGCGCUUCCUGCUCAAUUUCCUGCUGGUUUGGCUGAUGGUCUACUGCAGCCGAGCCAUGGCGCUCUUCGUGGCCGCAGCGCUGCCUACUCUGCAGACCUCCGCCUUCAUGGGCAACUCGCUCUUCACCGUGUUCUACCUGACGGGGGGCUUCGUCAUCAGCCUGGAGAACAUGUGGCUGGUGGCGUCGUGGCUCUCUCACGCCUCUUUCAUGCGUUGGGGCUUCCAGGGGCUUCUGCUCGUGCAGUUCAGAGGAAACAGAUACGCCAUCAGCGUCGGCAACUUCACCCUGGACGUGGAUGGAAUAAAUGUGGUAAAGAUGAUGAACAUGAACCAGUACCCUCUGUACUCGUGCUACCUGGUGCUGCUGGCCGUGUGCUUGGUCUUCAUGGUGCUCUACUACAUCUGCCUCAAAUUCAUCAAGCAGAAAUCCAGUCAAGACUGGUGAAUGUGAUCCUCAUUAUCACCUCACCUCAGCAAAGUUUGACCCCCCUGUGGAAGAUAAUCACGAAAAUGCUUUUAAUAAAGACAAAAAAUUAUGAUGCAAAACAGCAAAAUGAAACGAUUACCUUGUUUUUUCCGUCAUUGUGGGGUUCCGCAGUCUGCUGCUGGAUGGCAGCAGAGCACCGCAGGAAUGUGGACGUGAAGGCGGUGAGGGGA